AUUGCAUGUGAAAUAUGGUGUGAGCCGGUCGUCAUGAUGUAGCUCAGGAUAUUCUAUUCAAGUGGGCAUACUAUGGUCAACCUCGGCUUGAACAACGUGCUUUGGUUCUGUUGUCUCACUACUGCGUGUUGGCUGGGUUGGAGUUUCCGCGCCCGAGCAGGAGAAAAGACGAGUCGAAAUUCGCAAUGAUUGAGAGCGAUGACCUUGAUCUGGUUCUCAUUGUUGCACACACCUACACUAAGGCAGACAAGAUAGCACUGGCUUGUUCUUUCCUGAACGAUUUUGCUUGCACCGGUCUGGUCUUGCCCUAAGUUGCACCCCUUCACUCAUCCUUGGGAUGCUUAGGCAGUCGUGACCCCCUUUGCCCUCACACGCUGUUGCCGCCAGGGUUUCCGUCGACAUGGUUUGUGCUGGUCACACAUCAGGAUUUGAGUCCGACAAACCUCACAUUGAGCGCACUAAGUACCAUCUGCCACCAUGAAAUGGUUCUUCCUGUUGUUGAUUUCUGGCGGGCGGCUUGUUUCGAGCCGAUGUGAAUGCGGUUACGCUGCUACGGCUCCUGGUAACGACGAGCACAUGAUAUUCAUGGAUCUCUUGGAAACCGACUUCACUCGAGCCAACGACCUCUCAUGGAAUCGCGACUGGAUACCGCAGCAGUUCAAUGUCUCGGCGGAGAAUGGGCGUGGCGAAUACGGCAAGUCAUUCAUGCCUAGCAACAUCAUCUCCUUAUCGACAGAGGGCGGAGGUCGACCUAGCGGAGGCUCUGGCCUGGGACUGCGAGUUGGAAGUGCCAUUGGGGAGGAUGCAGUGUCAGCAGCUGAGAUUGACACGGCGCGAUCCGACCUUCACUGGGGAUCCUACAGAGCUGGAAUGGAACUGACUGCGACGAAUGGAACAUGCGCUGCUUUCUUCUGGUAUUUCAAUGACACACAGGAAAUCGACAUGGAGUUUCUCUCGAGAGAGUUCGACCCGGUUGAAGGCGUGUACCCUGUGAACCUCGUCGUUCAGUCGAAGCAGUCGAGGGAGGCAGGCUAUGACGCCAGCAAGACGGGUACGUUCAAGCGAGUCAACCUAGGGUUUGACCCAACAGCGGGCUUCCAUGAAUACCGAUUCGACUAUACGCCUGGGCGGGUCAUAUUUUACGGGGACAGCAAGCGGAUUGCAGUCAUGGAGGGUAGUGCUAUGCCUUCAGCCGCUGGCCAUCUCAUUCUCCAGCACUGGAGCAACGGCAACCCUAAGUGGUCAGGGGGUCCGCCCGCCAAGGACGCCAUGUUGAGAAUAAGCUAUGUCAAGGCCUACUUUAACUCGUCGAACGAGCAGCAUCAUGCGACUUUAACGCACCGCUGCCAGAAGGCAGGGACCAAUGAGGCAGUGUGCUUGAUUCCGGAUGUGAUGGCAACAAAUGCGAGCACGGGAGGGGCAUUCUUGAGCGAUGAGGGGAACGUGGCCGGAACGGAAACAGAUGAUAGCGAGGAGAGCAUUGGUGGGUGCCACUUCAGCGCAGCAUGGUUAUCGGUGGCGAUGGUGGCGGCGAUGGUCAUGUUGUUGGUGGACUAGUAUGAUGUGAUGAUGGGCAUCCCUGCGUUUCGCAUGUGUCAUAUUGCAUGGUGCAUGGUGCAUGGUAGAUGGACUAAGAAGAAUUCUGGGAACGCCAAAGAGUCGUGGAUGGCCCUUGGACUUAGCUGGACAGCUCCUAGAUUUCAAGCAUGGAGGUAAAUUAAAC